UCCAGCUGUGAGGAUCUAGUCUAUCCAGCUUCAUAAACACACACCACGAAUAGCGGGGCUUUGGUCGAAGUGAGACCGGUUAUCUGUUCAUCAGAGUCAGGCUCUCAUAGAGCCCGGAAUCGGAGAGUGAAUGAGGUUGAUGCUGCUCUGUUGUGACUGGAAGGACGAACGUAUGGGAGAGGAGGAAGCUGGCAGAAGCUUGCCCGUGUGUGCGGGAUGCAGACAGCGGAUCUAUGAUGAACAGUAUCUCCAGGCACUCAACACUGACUGGCACACAGUUUGCUUCAGAUGCUGUGAGUGCAGUGCCUCCCUGUCCCACUGGUACUAUGAGAAGGAGGGCCGGCUCUUCUGCAAGAAGGAUUACUGGGCCAAGUUCGGAGAGCUGUGCCAUGGAUGCAAUGACCCCAUCACCACCGGACUGAUUAUGGUCGCCGGGGAACAGAAGUACCACCCAGAAUGCUUCACCUGUCUGAACUGCAGAGCCUUCAUCGGAGACGGAGACACCUACGCACUGGUGGAGAGGUCCAAACUAUACUGUGGCCUCUGUUACUACCGGACUAUCGUGACGCCGGUGUCCCUGCCAGACUCACCAUGCGCCAGGAUUCCCCACACGGUGACCCUGGUGUCCAUCCCAGCCUCCACAGACGGGCGGAGAGGGAUCUCAGUCGCCAUCAACCAGCCUGUCAGCCCCAACGGCUAUGGCCCCGAACGCACUGUCAGGGUAUCACAGGUGGACUCUGAGUUGAUCAGUCCAGAUGUGAAGAACUCCAUACAUGUCGGAGACCGGAUCCUGGAGAUCAACGGAACACCCAUCAGGAAUGUUCCUCUCGAUGAGAUUGACCUGCUCAUCCAGGAGACCAGUCGUCUGCUCCAGCUGACCAUAGAGCACGACCCCCACGACCAGGGGGGUUUAGAGGGUGAGACAGUGGGCGGACCCCUGACCACCCCCCUGUCUGAUGGUCCAAGCCCCAUCCUCCCCAUCACUCAGCCCCCACACCCAGAUAUCAACAACCUGCGCUCACGCAUGAUCACGCGGAGCUACAGUAUUGAUAAGUCUCCGUGCUCCAGUAACGCAGCGUCCCCUCUCUCUCAGAGGAAGGACUUUAACCGCUCCGAGUCACUGCGGGUCGUCUCCAACAGUCGAAUGCACCGGAUCUUCCGGCCUUCAGACCUCAUCCAUGGAGAGGUGCUCGGAAAAGGCUGCUUCGGACAGGCCAUCAAGGUGACCCACAGAGAGACAGGGGAGGUGAUGGUGAUGAAGGAGCUGAUUCGUUUUGAUGACGAGACACAGAGGACAUUCCUAAAAGAGGUGAAGGUGAUGCGUUGUCUGGAGCACCCCAACGUGCUGAAGUUCAUUGGUGUCCUUUACAAAGAUAAGAGACUCAACUUCAUCGCAGAGUACAUCAAAGGAGGAACCCUGAGGGAGACAAUCAAGAAAAUGGACACCAACUACCCAUGGAACCAGAGAGUGAGCUUCGCUAAAGACAUCGCUGCAGGAAUGUCAUAUCUGCAUUCCGUGAACAUAAUCCACCGCGACCUGAACUCAUACAACUGUCUUGUCAGAGAGAAUAACAGUGUGGUGGUGGCAGACUUUGGGCUGGCUCGGCUGAUGGUGGAAGACAAGAUCCAGGACAAGAGUCUCCUGCAGAAGAAACCUGACCGCAGGAAGAGAUACACGGUAGUGGGCAACCCCUACUGGAUGGCCCCGGAGAUGAUCCACGGGAAAAGCUAUGAUGAAAAGGUGGACAUCUUUUCCUUCGGGAUCAUGCUUUGUGAGAUCAUCGGUAGGGUAAAUGCAGACCCAGACUACUUGCCCAGGGCCCAUGACUUUGGCCUGAAUGUGACAGGCUUCUUAGAGCACUUCUGUCCUCCAGACUGUCCCCCAUCCUUCUUCCCUAUGGCUGCCCUCUGCUGUGACCUGGAUGCUGAGAAACGCCCUGCCUUCACCAAGCUGGAGGGGUGGCUGGAGAACCUGAAGAUGCACCUGGAGAUCGGCCUGCCGGUGGUGUCCGAGCUCGACACACUACACAAAGCGUUUUGGGGAAACCACACCGCCCCCACCAUGGCUUGCACCGCCAUGCGGUCCGAGAACGGCCUGCCCCCACACCCCGAGACUCCGGAGUAGAUGGGAUCUGUAACAGAGUGGAAUGCUGCUGGUCUCAGCCCAUGAGAGAGGGGGUUAUGGUGGUCAUUGAGGAGGGUAGUAGAGCCUCUGGCAAUGGAGUAGUUGCAUUGCAUUGUCCAGGGAGGGGUGAGGCAGGAGCUCUGUAUGUACCUCCUCAUGCCACAGCAGUCACAGUGGUCAUAUAGGCUAACAGUGAGCUGUCGAUGGGCUGUAUAGACUCAGGGGGAACCGAGGAAGGGAAAAGCCAGCCUUGCCUAAAGACACUCACUCAUUCAACUCCAACCAAGAGAGACUCACUCAGACUACCAUUACCACUAUCAUAGCUUCAGUCUCAUGAUUGCUGUACCUUAGCUGAAUGUCAGGCUGGCAACUGCUAGCUAGCAGUAUCAGUCAAUCCUAGCUGUAAAAACAUCCAUCUUAACACUCAUGUCAUCUUUAUCUUAUUGAGAUGGUGUUCAAGCAUUUUCAGACGCCACUUAAAAAAAAGAUGCUUCAGCCUCAUUGGUAGGGGUCCCUCCUCCAGAGUGUUUGUACAAUAUCAUGUGUUUGAAAAGUAUUCCUCUGUGUGACUUUGGUUUGAUUUAAUUUGAUGAUAUCAAAUCCACUUUUUUGAAAUGCUAAAGGAGGGGCCUUUUAUGUGGAUAAUACGAAACACAUAAGUUGAGACGCACACACACAAGUUGAGACGCACACACACAAUCCAGAUGUACAAUAUAAUAGAGCAAAUGCUUUUGAGCAUAAACAAAAAGCUUUUAAAACACUGCAUGACUGUAAAUAGCCCUGUCUGUGUCCAGUAAGCCUUGUCUGUUGUCUCCUCCUCUCCCCCUCUACUGGUGACAGUUGUGUCACAAAUGGUAUCCUGUUCCCUUUAUAGUGCACUGCUUAAGACCAGUUGCUAAAGCGUAUUACCAAAGUAGUGCACUAUAGGGUGCCAUUUGGGAUGCAUUCUUAAAGUGAUGCCCCUGGUAGUGUAGAACAUAUGGUCCAUGAAUGACUAUUCCUUCUCUCACUGUGCAGCAUUGACUUGACUUUGAGGUAAACUUCUUUCACACCUUUGAUACAUUUUUCCAUUUCAUAUGUUUAUUACUCUCUCUUUCCUUCUCAUUCACGUCGAGGUGAAAUCUUAUGUAUUCAAACUCAACCCACCCAAUGUAUAUAGCCGGUGAUAAUAUCACAUUGUAAAUGUUUUAAAUAUUCUAAAUGUACAGACAUAUUUUGUAUACUUAUAAUGUAUGCUACAUUGCCAUAUUUUUAUUGGGCUACCUGUUGAAAUUAAGGAGAAUAAGAAAAGUUUGGCAGUGGUAGCUGAUAUGGAGCAGAUAACUUUCGACAGGGAUGAUGACUUCCUGUCUUGGGUUGCCAUAGUGCCAGACAGUGGUAGGGGGCUUUUAGGAAGUUAAUGCGAAGUAAGAGAGCAUCUUAGGGUCCUAGCUCACUCCUACCGACCAUCACUGUAAGUGUAAGCACUCUCACAAGAUGUGUCUCAUUUACUCCCGUCGUCUCCUCUCUGCAUAUCAAGUUAUUUGAUCUCAUCUAGACUCCAGAGAGUGCCCUGACUAUGACCUUGGAUAUAACUACUCUGUGGGUAUCGCCUCAAUUGAAUGCAACCAUAACAAGAGGAUCAACACAGAGUCACAAAAUGAAGGUUAUGUAGUUUGGCAUUAUAUGCCAAGCCACAUUUACCGUUUAUUCCUCUCAAAAGAAAUUGAGAAUAAUUUGUUAGUUGUUACUAUAGAGUUGUUUAGUCAUCCAUAGCAGGGUGGAUGUGUUGUGGAAGUUGGAGACAGCCAGACAGUCACAUUAUAGUGUCUCUCUGACCACAAGCCUCUCUCAGUCCUACAGUACAUGGAGACAAACUUAGUCACAACACAAGUCUACUCUACAUGGAACUCCCUAUGUGAGGCCCUCUGUUUACACACAAACUGCUGGCUGUAAUUAAUAUCUCUAUUGUAUGUCUGUUGUUAUGCCUCUCAUACUACACUCUCUUGAAAAUAAUCUCUCACUGUAUGUGAAUUUUUCUCUUGAACACAUUGUCACUCUCAUUCUCUAACGCGUGUUCUUUUUCCAUCAAACAUUUUCUCUAUUCCCUCUUUUCUACUUGAAGAUGAGCUGCAUGGUGUACUUGCUAUUGCGAUCACUUCUGCUGUAUAACCAGGCUAUUCUUUUAAUUUUAAAGCUAAAAUUGUGAUUAAAAGGAAAGAAAGAAAGAGACAGGAAAGAGUGUACAGACAGAGACAGGAAAGAGUGUAGAGACAUAGACAGGAAAGAGUGUACAGACAUAGACAGGAAAGAGUGUACAGACAUAGACAGGAAAGAGUGUACAGACAGAGACAGGAAAGAGUGUA